CACAAUAUCAGUACUCUUGGACGUCUGUUUUUACGUUAGUCUAAAUAACAUCAAUCCAGAAAAAUGUCGACCUGGCUGAAGAUUGUGUUAGCGACUGUAUUGGUUUCAUUGAUGCCAAUACAGGGAAAAGCAUGUGAGGCUGGCUGGUUUGGUACCAACUGCCAGUAUAAAUGCCGCUGCAACAAUAACCAACCAUGUGACGAUAGCGGAAGGUGCACGAAUGGGUGUGAUCCUAAAUGGUUUGGACCCAGCUGUCAAUACGAGAAUAUUGCUGCAAAAGACACAUUUUCUUCACCUUUUAAAACUAGUACCACCUGCGUAGGACAAGCCUCACCAGUGGAGGUUAAGUGGAAUAGAGAGUAUAUAUUUACAUGGAUGAGAUUAGUGUUUAGCUACAAAGCAGACAACAAUAUAUCUGUUACUGUUAAAAAUAGGAAUGAUGUGCUCACAAAGUGCAACAACAACACUGUUGUUCUUAUUAACGAGACAACUUUAGAUUUCCAUUGCAAAGAUGUUUUGUACAUGAAGGAAAUAAAGAUAGAGAUGUCUUCACCAUCAAAACUAUGUUCUUUAUAUAUAAGCGGAGGACGUAACGUUGCUUUAAGACAAAAAGCAACACAAACUGGAACAUUAGUUGGCUAUGGCUACACGUCAAUUGACACCCGAGCUGAGAAUGCUGUUGAUGGUAAUACUAACCCAGUUUUGGAUGGAAAAAGCUGCACACAUACAGAUACAAAACAUCAACCAAAAUGGAAUCUUACUUUGGAUAAAAUUCGUCCAGUUUACAGAUAUGACAUCUUUAACAGAAAAGCCAACGCUGAUCGGCUAAUGAACUUUACAUUAAAAUCAAGCAACAGCAAAGGAGAAGUUUUUUCUUACCAGGAUCCAAACAACAUACAGCCAGUGUAUACUAUCCUCCACAACACCACACUGAGAGACAUUAAUUUUGUUGAAAUUAGUGUCGUCAACCUAUUCAAAAUUCUUACUUUAUGUGAGGUUGAAAUUUACGGAGACUCCAUCUGUGAUCCCGGCAAGUUUGGCCGAGACUGUGAGUACUCGUGUAACUGUGACGUCACAUCAGAGACAUGCUUGGUCAGUACAGGCGGAUGUCUGUCUGGUUGUAAAGCUGGUUUCUAUGGUGAAGGAUGCAUUGCCACCUGCCCAUCUGGCAAGUAUGGUAAAGAUUGCGCCAACUACUGUGAUCUGAGAUGUUAUGAUACACAGUGUGAUCACGUGACUGGUGUCUGCACCAAUGGGUGUGAAGCUGGGUACAUGCCUCCAACCUGCCAAGAUGAAUGUAAGGCUGGCUUUUACGGAAUGAACUGUUCCACUACCUGCUCCACUCAUUGCAACACGAUUUGUAAGGCAACUGAUGGAACUUGUCAAUGUGAACCCGGAUAUGAAGGAGCAACUUGUACAAACGCAUGUAGAGAAAGAUUCUACGGUGUAGACUGUAAGGCCAGCUGUAGCAUGAACUGCGUGAAUCAGUCUUGUGAUAAUGUUGAUGGUAAAUGUAAUGAGUGCCCUCCUUGCAAAACUGGAGACUUCUGUGAAAAAAAUAGUACAGUAGCCAACCAACCCAUCACUUCUGCUGUCAUCACGUCGUUAACAAGUUUUCUCGCAUUUGUUGUUGGAGUUGUAGUUGGGAUCUUUAUAAAAAGGUGCUUUCUACGAUGCAAAAAUAAGCAACGAAAAGAAAAGACAGAAAUAUAUGCACGUACAGAUGCUGCCGAAAUGACACACGUUUAUAAUCAAGCAGAAUCGGAUUACCACAUUUAUGAGAAGCCUAUAAAUUGAAACGGCUGAAACAAGAACUGUUUUUAUGACAUUCAAAACGAAUACCAUAGUCAUAUGCAAACACGUUCAUUUAUUUUAUUCUUUUAUUUUUUUUUUAAAAGAGCCACAUUGCCUAGCUAGUUUUAAAAACAAUAUCACAUAUUUUAAUAAUUUUUGUUUUUUUACCUUAAUGUUUUUUGAAUUUUCGAAUUUUAAAACGCUGUUGCAACAAGGCAAUAUUAUUUAUAAAGUCACAGUGUUUAGUUAUGUAUCAACUUUUGAGAGAUUUUUGGUAACCAAAAGUGGUACUUACUCUACUUACAAUUUCUCAAAAGCCCAUAACGUUUAUGCUACUUUACAUAUUAAGUAUCACAUUUUAUGUGUAUGUUUUGUUCGAUAUUUAGAAACCGAAAGUGGUACUUUACUAUACUUACUAUACGUAAGUGGUACUUUUACUAUAUUUCUGAUAUCUAAAAUAACGAUAACUUAAGUGUCGUUUUAGUUAAGUAAAUAAAGUUUUAUACUGAAGUAUAAAGUCUUAUUCUCUUGAUUCUAACAAAUUUUGAGUGGUUUUAUUUGUGUGUGAAUUGAAGUAUUACUUAACGUUAUUUCCGAUUUCUGAAAAAAAGAUCACUUCUAGCUAUCCGCUUUCUUUAAAACUGUUUUACCUAGGUCUAUACUCGAAGACAAUGCAUUGUGACAUUGAAUUUGGCUGAAUUAAAUGUUUAAUUAACUUUUUCAAUUAAAGCACACAUUUUAAUUUAUAUUAUACACACGUUUAUUUUCAUUUGGUGCACAUUUUUUUUCUACGCGAUUCUAUCCUUUACAAAAAAAAAGUACUAUACGAGAACGUUUAAUGUAGAUCACUCCCUCUUUUCUAUCAUAACAAUUACACAUUGAUAUUUUCUUCUUAUUUAUUAUAUGUGUGUAACAAGAUCUUAUUCAAAGUUUAAUAAAAAAAUUGUUAUAUUGUAUGUUUUGUUUUUGAUAGUUUGUUAAAAGAACGCUACGUUCUUUAUAGCUUUAGGUCUGAAAGCGACAAACUCAAGUUUGAUUGAUUUUUUUUAAAGAGAACGAAUUAUUUAAUUUCACCAAAUAUUUUAGUUGUACAGUGGAUUUUUUUAGGUAACUUGGAACAAAUAGAAAUUAAUUAACCUAAACACAAUUGCUAAAAUUAUUAGUACAUGAUCAAUUAGUGCAUUAUAUUUUAUUCAUUUAAUAUAUAUUUUUUGUUUUGCUAAGGAUUUUAUUCAUUAAAUAACCUUACUUUUUCUCACUUGUUCAUGUGUUUGUAGAAUUCUCCGACAUCGAUCCUUCGUAUUUGACUGUAAUAAGAAAAUACUAAAAAAAAACUUUUUCAUCAAUUGAAUUUUAUGUAUGGAAGUUCAGCAUGAGCACAAAUUGUAAAUAAAUAUUUUGUGAACAGAGUAAAAAUAGGUAGACCUACACAAAAUCACCUUGCGAACUUAAAGUCACGAGUUCGAGUCCGAGUCAGCAUAGCGUCCCUAAGUCAAGCCAGCUCUAAUGGGUACCUAACUAAUGUUAGGGAAAGUGGAGGCGGCUGGGAAAGUGUUGAAGUCAAGAAACAUAUGAAGUCUGCUUUAUCUGCCAAAUGGAUAACUAGGUCUAAAGAGAAUUCUUUACUUUUUUAUAUUAAUUAAAUACAUACAAGUGAAUAAGUAAAAUAGUUUUUAUACAUUGAACUUAAGUGUUACAGCACAAGUAAUGUAUUACAUUAUUUUAAUAGCUUUCGAUACAUAAAGUAUUAAACAUUUAAAACGAUUCCUGCCGGUAAAUAAACUAA